AUGGCGCUGCCAGUAAUUCGUCCGAGCCAGGAAGAACCCACUCUACCGCCGCCGGCCCGGAAGCAAUUCAGCAACCAGCUCGCUGCUGCUGUGAGGAGCAUCAACUGGAGCUACGCCAUAUUCUGGUCCAUUUCAACCAGCCGUCCAGGGGUUCUGACGUGGAAGGACGGGUUCUACAACGGCGAGAUAAAGACGAGGAAGGUCACCAGCUCGGCGGACCUCACCGCCGACCAGCUCGUCCUGCAGAGGAGCGAGCAGCUGCGGGAGCUCUACGAGUCUCUCCUCUGCGGCCAGUGCGACCACCGGGCCAGGCGUCCAGCCGCCGCGCUGUCGCCGGAGGACCUCGGGGACGCCGAGUGGUACUACACGGUCUGCAUGAGCUACGCCUUCCGCCCUGGCCAAGGGUUGCCAGGCAGAAGCUUUGCGGGCAACGAGCAUGUUUGGCUGUGCAAUGCUCAGUGCGCAGACACGAAAACCUUCCAGCGCGCACUCUUAGCAAAGGUACCUACUACGGUUAAUCGAGUACUAUCUGAUUAA